GGAUAGCAUUUGAUGUCAAUUAACUCACUACUCAAAUUGAAAUUGUUGUCUUGUCUUUAUAGCGUCUUCUCACAUCAAUCACCUACAAUGGCUCCAGGUGCUCUUAUCGACGAGUCUUCUCAGACUCCUCUCCCCCAAGUCAAGAACGCAGAUGCCCCUCGUUCAAUCUUCCCCGAUGGUAUCCGUACCUCGGGUCAACAUCCUCCUCUUUAUGACGCAUUAAAGCCUUACUCUGAUUUCCCCAAGGAGAUCACUGGUCCUACACUUUGGAGGAAGGAGGACUACGAGAACUCACCUGAGCGAUGGACUCACCCUUUCACCGAUGAGGAGAUUCAAGAGUUGAGCGAUACAGCUGAUGCUUUCAUCGCCAGUGGUACUCCCCUCACUGGUAUCUCCAAGUCAAACUUCCCUCUUCCAAACUUGGGUAAAGUGCUCGAGUCUCUUCGAGAAGACCUUCUCAACGGCAAGGGAUUCAUCCUUUUCAAACGCUUCCCAGCUGGAGAAUGGGGUCCUCUCAAGAACGCAGUAGCCUACAUGGGUCUCGGUACAUACAUCGGCUACUUUGUCUCCCAAAACGGCCUGGGCCAUGUCCUCGGCCACGUCAAGGAUGUUGGUGAUGAUGCUACACAAAUCGACCGCGUUCGCAUCUACCGCACAACAGCCCGUCAGUACUUCCAUGCCGACGACUCUGACAUCGUCGGUCUUCUCUGCGUCCACCGUGCCAAGGAGGGUGGUGAGAGUGAUAUCGUCAGCAUUCACAAUGUCUGGAAUGAUCUUCAGAAGAACAACCCCGAUGUUGCUGAGCUUCUGACACAACCAAUCUGGUACUUUGACCGUAAGGGCGAGACAUCAGUUGGUGAGGAGGAAUGGAUCCGAAACCCCAUCUUCUACAUCGAGAAUGGAGGCCAGGGUCGAGUUUACUGCAAGUGGGAUCCUUACUUUGUGAGAUCUCUCACAAGAUUUUCUGACAAGGGUCUUAUUCCUGCUCUAAGUGAGGAGCAGAAGCAUGCUAUGACUGUGCUGGAGGAGACUUGCCAGAAGUUGGCCUUACAUAUGAUUCUUGAGGUUGGAGAUAUUCAGUUCGUCAGCAACACACAUCUCCUCCAUGCACGAACAGCAUACACAGACCACCUUCCUCCUGUUCCUCGCAGACAUCUUCUUCGACUAUGGCUCUCUACUCCCGAGACCGAAGGCGGAUGGGCUCUUCCUUUCCAUGAUAGCCAGGAGAAGAAGAGAGAGGCAUUCAGGUUAACAACACUGCACCAAGAUGCCCUCUAGAUGCAGAGUAAAAGUCCUUUUUGAUAUAUUAGCGGUCACAUUUCACAAUAAUUAGCAUAUAGGAAUAAUAACAGUUAAAAACAGUAAAUUUCUUGAACAUGUGACAGCCCUCUAUGCUUCUCUCCCAUCCUUCGUUUAAUUUCUGGUCGGUUUGCUUGAUACGUCAACGGGGAUGCGAGACUCAUCGAACCAAGUUCAAA